UCGGUGCCGGUCAGUCCGGAAAUAGCUCAAAUAUCUAUAAAAGUGCUUUAAAAAUGUCUGCUUGGACAGGAGUUUAGGAUGGUGCAAAAGCUAUGGUUUGGGUUACUUAAUUAGAGGUAAAAAUAAUCUUGCGGAACCGUUCGCAUCGCGCUGGAUAUAUGUGAAUCUUGUUUAAGUGGCUCAGAAGCACAUCCUUCACUUGCUCAAUGAGCAAUGAGUACGUUCUGGAGCACGUCGAUGAACGCCAGUCGCAAGAGAUCCGAGAGCGAGAAGCAGGAUGGUCCAGGUGAGCAGAAAGCCAGUCCAGCUCGUCCUCCCUUUGGAAAGAAGCAGCUUCCCACCAUCCCCAAGAAUGCAGUUCCAGUCACUAAAGCAUCGUCGCCAGCUGCAGCGACGCAGGCUACCAAUGGCACACAUGCCUCCUAUGGGCCAUUUUACCUGGAGUAUUCCCUUCUCGCAGAGUUUACGCUGGUGAUAAAGCAGAAACUUCCAGGCAUCUAUGUCCAGCCUUCUUACAGAUCAGCACUGAUGUGGUUCGGUGUGAUUUUCAUCCGCCACGGCUUGUACCAGGAUGGGGUUUUUAAAUUCACAGUGUAUAUUCCCGAUAACUAUCCUGAUGGAGAGUGUCCUAAAGUGGUGUUUGAUAUCCCGGUGUUCCAUCCGCUCGUGGACCCGGUUUCUGGAGAGCUCGAUGUAAAGAAGGCGUUCACCAAGUGGAGACGAAACCAUAACCACAUCUGGCAGGUGCUAAUGUUCGCCAGGACAAUCUUUUACAAGAUUAACUCUGUGGAUCCGCUCAACCCUGAGGCUGCUGUAUUAUAUGACAAGGAUAUUCAGCUUUUUAAAAGUAAAGUAGUCGACAGUGUGAAGCUAUGCAACAGCCACCUUUUUGACCAGCCCAAGAUCGAUGAUCCUUAUGCAAUAAGCUUCUCUCCAUGGAACCCGACUGUGCACGAAGAGGCGAAAGAGAAGAUGUUCGCGCACAAAAGACGACCUGAAGAUCAACCCAAAGGGCUCCAGGUGUCAGGAUUGUCGUGGGUGAAACCUGGAUCCACUCUGCCGUUCAGUAAAGAGGAGUAUCCACUCCAGACCUGAGUCUGUAGCACUGGAGGUGGUGAUGGUGAAGGUUGAGCUGGUGCAAGGCUCCAUCUAGUGCCACUUGGACUCGUUGUUGCUGCCUAAGUCGAGAAAUCUCAAAGCAGUUUCAUGAACUUGUUCAUUUUGUUUUCAUGGUUAAAAAUUUGCUCAGCUUUAAAGAAAUUUCAUAUAGAUCACCUCACAAUGCUGAAAAACAGAUUUAGUGCUUUUAAACUAGACUUUAUUAGGUGUAGACCCAAACUGGAUGCAAGUCAUCACAACUCACAAGGUAAGAAUGCAAUCAGAAUUGCUUAUUUCAUAGAGCUAAUUAUUUUUCCAACAUUGUGCACAUGUUUGUUUGUUUUUUGGGGGGGGCGCGCAACAGACCACCUCACUAUUUUGUGGGAGAACAUUUUAACGGUUCUUGGUAGUAAAUUCACAAAGAAUGUUCAGUAAAAGGUUGGAUGUGCUUUGAGGGAUAUGUUUGGAGGAAUUAUUAGCUUAAAUAAAAAAAAAAUUAUUAAUAAAGAAUCCAAGCUUAUUGCCUGUCAACAGCAUUAGCACCAUUAUGGUCAGUCAAAAUGUAACAUGGGCUUAUAACACUGAAAGAGGAAGGGGCAAUAUCCAGAAAUUACCCCGAUCCAAACAGAUCUACAAAAUGCUGUGAUCAGUUUAAGUUACGCAAUAUAUAUUUUGACCCUAAAGUCUCGGUCAGGAAUGAAUAAUUUGACAAACAGAAAGGUAGAACAGAACGCUUGGGUUUUGUAAAAUAUAGUUAGAUUUGAAGUUGGCUUUGAAUUUUUCUUUUAUCAUAUAUGCACACACAACUACAUUUAAUGUCCAGUUUCAUCUCUGUAAACUGAUAAUCACUACACUUUAUUUCCUUUUAUUUUCAUCCCAUUUCUGUGUAAUGAACUAUGUUUAAAUAGCUGUAAUAUAUAAUGCAGAGCAAGGAGAAUACCUUUUUAAUUAUGAUUAAGUUAUGCAUAAUUUUUCCUCACUGUACAGUAAAUGUCUAUGAAUAAACUGAGGACAGGAGGGGUUUGAUAUGUAAAUAGUGACAUUUGUGCAAAUGAAAAGCCACCCUCUCAGAGUUUUACUCAAAAUUACUGGUUUAUUUAUAUACAAAUAUUAAACAGUUAAAGUUUUUUUUUUUUUUUUUUUAUUCUCCUGCACUUCAUGUGUCUUUUCCGAUUACCCUUGUUUAAUAUGAAGGCUGGACUGUGUAAGGAAUUGUGAGGUUUUAAACUGCUCUCUUAAAGCAAAUAAAUUUAAAGUUUGUUUCACAACCUGUAUAUGUACAGUAUACGUUUUGAUAUCAAUGUCUUACCAUGCACUCCACAUGGAAAAAGUGGAAUAUACAGGAAACGGCGCUUACCUUGCAAAUGCAUAGCCUAGUAAACCAAAAGGUUGUGUUUAUUUCAGUAGUGAUGAAAGAUUUUUAUUUUUUUCUUCCUCCCCAACACCAGACGAUCUUCUAAUCAGAUUAGGGAUACAGUAAAUAAUUGUUUUAAGGUUCUUUUUUUUUAUGUCUUGGGAUUUUCAUUUUUUUAUGAUAAUUCUAAAUACAGUAUAAUGUUGCUUCCUUUCUAUUCCUAUUGAUAAGUCACUAAAGGUCUUUUAUUCUAUAAAUUGCCACCGUUGUGUUUGGUGGAGUUGCCAGAAAGCCCACUGAUGUCCCAGAAGUCGACAAAAAGAUUUCUGCCCUCCGCUGCAACAUGGUGAAUUACAGUAUAACGUAUUUUCCUCUGUAAGAUAAGUCUUGACAUGGGUCUGACUAAGUGCUUAUAGACCUCAAACCGAUUACAACACGCAUUGUAUCAUGAUUAAUUGUAUCUGAUGAAUGCCAUAAAAUGAAUAUUAAAUUAAAUCAUGUGCAGCACUUUA